UCAGUUGCGUUCUGAUCUUUGUACAGUCAACAGUCUAUAGUCUUUUUUUUUAAUUAUUUAAUUAUUAACUAAAGUGUUAAUUGUUGUUAUAAUAUUUUUGUUUGUGUGAUAACGUUUUUAUGCCAACCGUGACGAAUACUUCAGAAGGCAACGUGUAUCCCCUCGCCAUGGCGUCUGACGUGGAGUCGUGUUCUGAUGAGGAGCCGGACAGUGAGAUGCUAAGCGACGACCUUUGUCUGCCGGACAGUGACGAUGAGAGGCAUCCUGGGAGGAACGUGCAGAGUCUACCCGAAGAUCUACCAUCUCUGAACUCCUGCCUCCUCCGCCCCCCUCGGAAGCUGUUCACCAACUGUCGCGAGCGCUGGCGGCAGCAGAACGUGAGCGGAGCCUUCGCAGAGUUGAGGAGAUUGGUGCCAACACACCCGCCUGAUAAGAAGCUGUCCAAGAAUGAAAUAUUGAGGAUGGCUAUUAGGUACAUCGGUCUUCUUUGCGAAGUCCUAGAAUGGCAGAAGACCCACGGCCUCUCCAUGAACAAAGAAAACUCCGCUAGUCUCGCGAUCAAAUGCGAAUCUCCACUCAGCCCUCAAACCCGAAGACUCCGUCUCAAAAGACCAUACUUUGGCGAAGAAGAAUGCUCCAGAGCUAAAAUAUACCACGAGAACAAUGAUUACCAGAGAUAUGGUAACGAAGAAAAUGAAGAAGUCAGAAGGACUUACCAAAGACCAAUAGUCAACAGGACCGAAUUUUACUUCGUAAAGGACCAUUUUAGAGUUUUGAGAAGUCAGUAUUAUUCGCCGUCAAGAUGGCGGCAGAAUAUACCAUUCAGGAAUUUGGCGGAUCGGAAUGGGAAUAAUCUUCUGAUGAUUGCUCCGGCGCAGAAUGGUAAAGAUGAUGAUGUUAAAAUGCAUAAUGGUCACUCCAGUAAGGAGAAGGUUGAAAAGGACAGCAAAUAGAUACAAAAUAACUACGGUUCCGAUAUUUGUAGCUUGGGUAGCCCUGCAAGGAUGUUACAAUCGAUAAGCAACAACAAGCAACAAGAAAUUGUGCAAAAUUGUUAGUCUCGAGAUGACAAUUCGUUUUCUCUAUCACAGCAACGUUAGUUUAUAAACUUGAUAACCAGAAUCCUAAAGAUUAUUCUGUCAGUUGCUUGCAUUUCGUUUUCCUUUGCGAACUUACUAACACGCCCAUAUUUCCCUUCGAAAAAACUCCUCAAAUAGUAUGCGUGGGUAUCAUUCGUUUUUUUACAUUUUUAUUCCGUCCGUCUAUUUUCGUUUGGUGUUUUUGUGCAGUAACGCCCUAGACAGAUGAUUAUUUAAUAUUAAAUACGAUGGUCGAUGAUGAUCACCUUUUUCUAAGUAAGCGGAGAGACUAUGUCAAUGUAGUCCUUUACGAAAUAAAAUGAAUUUUGAUUGCACAGAUAACCGAGUAAUGUUGUCGCAUGAAACAAGCGUGUGUGUGAUCCACGAAUGCUUGUUCUGAGUCUGGGUGUCUUUGUCUAUGUGACUUGAAUGUUUGUUAACACGCGACACAAGGAUUAAUUUCUUGGCGCGAAAGUUACAGUUGGAAAUUAUUUUUUAAUAUACAUAUUAUAGGUACAAAAGUUUUAUUUUAAACUAGCUGUUGCCCGCGACUUCGUC